AUGGCGCGCGACACAGCGCGCGAGAUAUGGGAGCGCAUUCAGCGUCUUCUUUUCUGGCGCCAGUACUCCAGCGUAUCCCGCGACAAACAGGAGGCCGAGUCAACCGCAGUCGAUAGCAGGAGACCCCCGCUUUCCUUUUCCUUUUUCCUGGGCUCCAAGGUCCACUCACAAUUGAAGACAGAGCCUCAAGUGGAAGAAGACAAUGUUGUUUUGGCGGAGCGACAAUCAAACGAUGAUAUCACUGCCCUGACGGACGAUUUGAUGCGACCUCGAAAACGUAAAUGGAUUGAUGGUGUUUAUCUCUGUGCUCAAGGGUCGGCGGUCUUCCUCCUCAUAAAUCUCGUCUUCAUUUCCGUUGCGGCUGGACUGGCUGGCAAAUUCCCGGACCAGCGAGAAUUCGCCAACGGGUCGGUCAUUUACGAAGGAAAUUGUGCGUUGACUAAGAGAUGGUCGAUUGCGCUCCACCUGGUCAUCAACAUUCUGAGCACUUGUAUCCUUGCUGCGAGCAACUAUUGCAUGCAAACGCUCGUUGCUCCCAACAGAGAGGAUCUCGACAAGGUCCACGCUCAGCGCAAAUGGCUCGACAUUGGAUGUGCGAGUGUUCGCAAUCUGUUUGCUAUCGGGCACUGCCGAUUUGGUCUUUGGGUGAUGCUCCUACUCACAGCUACCCCUUUCCAUUUGUUGUAUAACUCCAUCCUCUUUGACGAUUUAGCUAUGGAUGAAUUCGGAUACAUGAUCGCCCCCUCGGACCUAAGCCCCGACAAUAUUCGGAACUUGACCACGCCACGGUUGAACAAGUGCUUUCAAUAUUCACAAUAUCAAAUGAUAUCUGAUGGUUUUGAAGGGCCACCUACCCCGGACACCCCAGUCGCUUCGCUUACGACCAACUCCAGGACAGCCAAUGGUCUCGACUGGCAAAACUUUGUUUCUAUCAUCGAAGGUGCGAGAUACAAGCAAAUCAGCUCUGAGAAGUGUGUCGGAUACCUGGACCAGUCGAAUCCUGUUGGUAUCAAGUCAUUAGUCGCACUAGCGACGGAUCUUUCUGUUCAGGAUGGGGCAGAGAAGGCAUUCUUGACAACGGAUAUCUCAGUGGGCAUAGACGGCGUUGUUGCAUCACAGGAAUUCCCUUCAAGCCACAAAAUAUCGGGGUAUCCCAUGUUUGAGGGAGAUAGAGAUACAUGCGGCUCCAGUGAGGAGAAAGACCAUGUCUUCAGUGGAUGUCUUGAGAUUCCAGCCGAUGGUCAUUGCAAAUUGAUGUACAGCCCACCCAUUUGCAUCGUGAUAAUGUUGAGUGCGUUUGUUAAGGUGAUCGCGAUGUUCUUCGCCGCCCGAGUCACAACUCUUCGAUCUACUCCUCUUCUCACAACAGGCGAUGCCGUGGCCUCUUUCGUUGCAGAGCCAGAUCAAACUACUGCCGGGAUGUGCUGGCUAUCUCGAUCUGCUGUCAAACGCGGAGACUGGAAACGACUCAAUCCACCCGCACAGAAUAGUCAGACCUAUGAAGAUCAAUCUCAGACAGCCAUUCCCAAACCACUCUCGGGGCGUCAAUUUUGGAUACAGGUUCCUGGUGUUACGAGAUGGCUCAUAACCAUCAUCAUAUGUCUUGGAUUUAUCGCUGCCGGUGCGUAUCUCGUGCAGAGAAGCGUCGUCACCGGUAGCUGGACCGCCUAUGAAAAUGGAUACCUUUCACAAGCUCUUCUUCAACAAUGGUGGAAUAAUAUUGCAUCAGGGGUAUCUCUGGACAUCGACGCUCCCGGACUCAAGUUGUCAACGUUGGCCUCGGUGGUCGUCGCCAAUACCCCCCAGCUUGCUCUCACCAUCAGCUACUACUGCUACAACAACGUGUUGACUGGCAUGCUAGCAGCGGCGGAGUAUAGUUCCUACGGUCAAUCCAGCAAACCACUCCGAGUGACCUGGCCUGUCAACGGCAGCAAGCAGAAAUCCACCUAUUGGCUCAGCAUUCCAUACCAAUACGCCAUUCCCAUCCUGAUCAUCUUCUCGAUUCUUCACUGGCUGGUUUCGCAAAGCAUAUUCUACACCAUCCUCACGCCUUACAACACGGAGGGCCAACCUGACUAUUCGAAUCAGGUCACCGCGUUGCAGUAUUCGCCGUUGCCACUUUUCGUGGCAGUUUUAGUGGGCGGUCUCAUGGUGUUAAUUCUCGUCGGGCUGUCACUCCGAAAAUUCAAAUCCAACAUACCAUUAGCGGGCUCCUGCAGCGCUGCCAUUAGUGCCUCUUGCCACCCACCGCAUGACGAGAGUUUGGAUACCGCGAUUCUUGGCCACGUUGAGUGGGGUGAGGUUGUCGGGUCCCCAGAUUGGGCAGUUGGACAUUCCGGGUAUGAGAAUCAGUGGGGCCAUUGCAGUUUUAGCUCAUUGGAUACGCGGAGACCUUCGAGAGCGAAGCUUUAUGCUUAA